UCUCCCUCCUCUCCCCCCAUCCCCAAACAACCUUUCCUGUGGCUCGACUCCCUCGCCCGCAAAAAUGCGAGGUGGGGGUUGGGUUUGAUUCUGCAGCCCCCCUCCUUCUCCUCCUUCUCCUCCUCCUCCUCUCCCCCCAUUCCCUCCCCCCUACGGGAGUUGGAUCCUGGCUCCCCCACCACUCAUUUCCCCCCUUCUUGCCGCAGCUCGGCUGAGAAGGAGGACGGAGCAGACACUCUGUCAGUGUUGCUCCACACACCCACACACACAGAUACAUAGUUGCUGUGAUUCCAGGGACGGGUUCCUGGAAUCGAGAACCCGAUCUCCUGGAGGUCCUGAUCGAGAAGUUCCUAAUCGAGAAGGUUACGGCUCUAGGGGAAGGUCCGACUAAACGACAAAAGCACAACAAGAUCCGGCCACAUAGCAAGGUCCGUGUCAAAGAGAGUGUCUAUGCAGAUCUAAUAGUAAGUCUUCAUCGAGAAGAAGGUCCGACUCAAACAGAAGGCUCUGCUGAAGAGAAGGACUGGCCCCAGUGCAAAGUUUGGAUCUUGGAGAAGGUGCUGUGAAGUAUUUCGGUUCGGCUGCAAGGCGAAGUUCCAGCUACAGAAGGCCCAUCCCACCAAGACGAAGAAGAUCUUCAUUUCAAAGAAGGUCUGGCUCCAGACAAUCUUGAUCCAGAAAGAGGUCCUGAUUGAGAAGCUCCUAAUCGAGAAGGUUCCGACUUUAGGACAAAGUCCGACUCAACAAUCUCCAGCUACGGAGGGUCCAUCCAUCCCCACUAAGAAGGUCAACUUAUCCAGCAGAAGGCCCAACUCCAGGUGGGAGUGGAGGUCUGGACCCGAGUGGCGGUGGAUAUCGAGUGACGGUGCGGAGCCUCCAUCAUGAUGAGGGACGGAGACGCGGGCGACGAGGAUGAUGCCUCAUCCUUCGGGUACAAGCGUUUUGGAAUCCAAGAAGCGCGUGGAUGCUGUGGCCGGCACCACGACCCCUGGGUGCUGAAGAGCGCCGUGGUGCUGCUCUACGUGGUGUGCGCCGCCCUGGCCGUCACGCUCGCCGCGCUCGGCUCCAUUGCCAUGGCCAAGAUGGACCUGCUGGAGAGAGACAUCCUCUCGGUGCAAACAAACUACACGGCCAAACUCGCCAGCGUGGAGUCCAGCCUGAGAGACGCAGACGAGCAGUCCACCUGGCACAACCGCUCCACCUCAUCGGCCAUCGCGUCCCUGCGCCACGAGAUGUGGGAAUUGCAGAGCGACGCGCGGCACGCGCUGGCGGCCACCGAGGCGCAGGCCCACGCGUUGGCGCUGGCCGACGCCUCCCAGCGCUCGACCGCCGUGGCCCUGGGCGCCGCCCGCUCCGACGCCGACUCGGCGCGCUCGCUGCUGCUGGCGCUCGACCGCACGCUGGAGGAGCGGCGCUCGGGCGACGCCGCCCUGCGCGCCGCCGUCGGCGCCCUCGAGGACUCGGUGGCCCGCGCCGCCGCCGCCCACGCCGCCCACAACGUCACGCUGCGGCGCCUCGACGCCGAGCUGCGGCGCCAGGCGGCGCUGACCGCGGCGGCGCAGGCGGCGGCCGCCCGCCUCGGCUGGGACGCGGACGGCGCGCGGGGCCGGCUGCGCAACCUCAGCCGCCUGCUGGAGCGCGGCGCCGCCGGCGAGGGCGAGCUGCGCGGCGCUGUCGCGGGCCUCCGGGCCGCGUCGGCGCAGGCGGCGCAGCUGCUGCGGCGCUCGGAGGAGGCGACGGGCGACGCGAGGGCGCAGGCGGCGGAGCUGGGCGGGGAGCUCGCCAACGUCAGCGCCGAGUGCGCCGCGCGGGAUGACGCGCUGCUCGAGCUGGGCGAGCGGCUGCGGCGCGCCGAGGCGCUGGCCGCGUCCCGGCUGGAGGCGCUGGACGGGCGAGUGGACGCGCGCGAGGCCGAGCUGGCCGCCGUUCGCGGCGCCGUCAACGGCACGGAUCGGCACCUGCGCGGCGUCGCCGCGUACCUGGGGCAGGUGCGGGAGGCGUGCGGGGGGCGCUCGGAGCCGCGGGCGGAGGAGCUGGCGCUGGUGAACGAGACGCUGGCGAGGCUGCGCGACGACGCGGCGGCGCUGCUCGCGGCGCACGGCGACCUGCAGCGCCGCCUCGACGUGGAGGUGGCGAACCUCACGGUGGUGGCGGAGGAGCUGCGCCGGGUGGACGUCUACCACGACCAACUCUACCGCAACCUCACGCUGCUGCGGGGUCCCGCGGGCCCCAAGGGGGAUGCCGGCAUCAGGGGCCCACCGGGGAGCCCGGGCCCCAAAGGCGACAAGGGCGACGCAGGCAACGACGGGCCAGAGGGCCCGUCGGGCGAGCCCGGCAGGCCCGGCGACCAAGGCCCACCAGGGGAGAAGGGCAAGCAGGGCCCCAAGGGGGCUCCGGGCCUUACGGGCUCCAAGGGCAGCCUGGCCCGACAGGGCCCGCCCGGAAGCCCCGGGAUCAAGGGGGACCCCGGGGAGCAGGGCCCGCCGGGCCCCGUGGGGGACGAGGGUUCAGCGGGGCCGCCGGGGCCGGCCGGGCCCGUGGGGGCCGCUGGGCCGCCCGGCCCGGCGGGGCCGCCGGGGAACUUCGGGCUGCCGGGCGAAAGGGGCCUCGCCGGGAUGCCGGGCACCCCGGGGCCGCCCGGCGAGCCGGGGCCCGUGGGGCCGCCGGGCGGCAGCAGGGCCAGCCCCUCGUAGGAGCCGCACGGGGGCCUGCGGACGUGUCUGGCAGGUAGCGAGGAUCACGUUCACAAACACUACCGCAGGGGACACGGGGGGUCAGGCAGUUGGGGGACAGCAAGGGCUCGCAAAGAGACAGCCAUUGUUCCCUGAGCCAUAUAUGCACAGCGACAAUUAGGUAUGCACAUGUGAAGUGUGACAGGUACAUGCAUGUAUGUAUGGAGAUAGAGGUCCAUACAUGUGCUGAUACAUGCAGGUAAUACACAUGCCGAGUGACACGUGUAUAUACAUAUGUAUAUGUCUAUCCCCCGCACUUCUGAUUAGCACGGUUGCCGACGUACGGCGCGAAAGAAGUUGAACAGCUCCCAGGUAAUAAUCCAACUAUGACUCACGACGCGUACGGUAGGUCGCCACAGAGCGUGCGGUACACGGGUACGUGACGAGAUUCGACAGCGGUGCGAGCAAAGUGAAAUGCACCAUAGUCUUUGGUUCUUUCGGUAAAGUCACGUAGGUGAAAACAAUUAUAAUAAAAA